UUACAUCGAUUAGGAUGAAAGGAAGAGCAAGAAUCAUAAACAAGGAGGAAGAAUUUUAGGCAAAAAUAAAUUUUUAGUAUUUUUAAAGAUUUAUUAUCUAAGUUUAAGUGAACUAGGUGAAAAAUGGAUUCUUUGGCCAACUAUGGAAGUGAUGAUGAUUAUGACGAUUCCUCUGAUGAGCAGUCGAAGGACUGCCAUCAAGUUGGACCGAACAAGAGAGAUCCACAAAUAAAGCAGUCCACUCGUUUGGAAAACCAAGCUGAUGCUAAUUAUGAAGAAGUUCAGAUGGACUUGAGUGAGGUUAGAAUUUUUCAACAGGAAUCAACUGAUGGCUCUCGUAACGGCAGGGACAAUAGAGAUAAGGGCAGCGGAGAUGAAAAGCGAAAGAACAGUCCUUAUGAUGACAGAUCUAGAGAAAAUUGCAGGAAUAGAAGAGGAGACGAUAGAUAUAGGGAUAGAAGUAGAAGUAGAGAGAGGAAGGAUGAGGAUAAAAUGAGAGAAAGGAAAGAUGAUAGGUACGGAUCUAAGUCUGAUAGAUACAGUCGAGAUUAUAAAAGAGACAGCUAUAGAGAUAGAAAAAGUCGUAGAUCGUCAAGUAGGGACAAGAGAAGAUCUAGCAGUAGGGACAGAAGGAGGUCUACCAGUAGAGAAAGGAGAUUCAGCAGAUCGCCAAAACGAGACAGGUCAAGGAGAUCUAGAUCUCGUUCAAGGGGAAGAUAUGGAGGACCACAAAGGAGGUAUGGCUACCCCAAAAACAACAGUUCAAGAAAUGCAGAAUCCUCAGAAACAUCAACAGACAAUCAGGGUGGAAGUAGAUUCUUCAUGCCAGGUAUAACGGGAAAAUACAGAGAUCAGAUUGAGAAACGUAAGCUGCUUUGGCAGAAAAAAGAGCCUCAGAAGCAGCAAGAAACUGAUCAUGGACAAGGACAAAGCACUUCUCCAGCUUCAACUUCGACUAGAGUUACCAAAAUCUGGGAAGCUACUACGUUUGCUCAAGAUCAAGACGGCAAAGUAGCUAGUAAGUUCAAACGAUUGAUGGGUAUUAAGGGCCAGCCAGAUGCUGCGCCUGUUCCUCCAGUGGACAUCAUAAAGAAACAGGAAGAAAUGUUCAGUUCUAUGGAACAACAAUAUGAGGUUGCAAGAACCGCUACUCACACCAUGAGAGGUGUAGGACUGGGAUUCAGCAGUAAUUAUCCGCGCUAGUAGAGUGCUUGUAAAAUACUUUAAAGAAUUUAUUGAUUUUUAUUCUUUUAAUUUGCUCUGUACCUAAGGAAUUGUAAUAUAUUAGCAACUUUAAUUUGACACAAGGUUUUCAUGUAAUAGCUUAAAUUGUGUUUUAGUUUUGCGAAGUCUGUUGACAUAAUAUAUUAUUAUUAAGGA